GCUGCCUGGAGCCUGAAGACACGAGCCUUGACAGAAAUGGUGUACGUGGAUGAAAUCGAUAUGGAUGAAGAGGGAAUCGCAGAGAUGAUGCUGGAUGAAAAUGCCAUUGCUCAAGUUGCACGACCAGGAACAUCUUUGAAACUCCCUGGAACGAGCCAAGGUGUGGGCCCCAGCCCAGCUGUUAGGCCAGUAACUCAAUCGGGAAGACCUAUUACAGGAUUUGUGAGACCCAGCACGCAAAGCGGACGGCCAAGUACAGUGGAACAGGCCAUAAAAACACCUCGAACGUCCCUCACGGCUCGUCCCAUCACUAGUGCCUCUGGGAGGUACGGCCGGCUGGGAACGGCUUCAAUGCUCACAAAUCCAGAUGGCCCUUUUAUAAAUCUGUCUCGAUUGAAUUUAGCAAAAUAUGCUCAAAAACCCAAACUGGCAAAGGCAUUGUUCGAAUACAUUUUUCACCACGAAAAUGAUGUAAAAAAUGCUCUGGAUUUGGCAGCCCUUGCCACUGAGCAUGCACAGUUUAAGGACUGGUGGUGGAAAGUCCAGAUUGGGAAGUGCUACUAUAGGUUAGGAUUAUAUCGUGAAGCCGAAAAGCAAUUUAAGUCAGCUCUCAAGCAACAGGACAUGGUUGAUACCAUCUUGUAUUUGGCAAAAGUGUAUUUGCGCUUGGAUCAGCCUGUAACAGCUCUGAACCUUUUCAAGCAAGGGCUGGAUCGGUUUCCUGGAGAAGUGGCUCUUAUCUGUGGAAUCGCCAGGAUCUACGAGGAAAUGAACAACAUCUCCACGGCUGCAGAGCACUACAAAGACGUCCUAAAACAAGACAACACUCACGUGGAAGCCAUUGCAUGCAUCGGCAGUAACCACUUUUACUCAGACCAGCCCGAGAUAGCUUUGCGCUUUUAUAGACGGCUCCUGCAGAUGGGUGUUUAUAACUGCCAGCUUUUCAACAACCUGGGCCUCUGUUGCUUCUACGCCCAGCAAUACGACAUGACGCUGUCCUCGUUUGAACGCGCGCUGUUUUUGGCUGAGAAUGAGGAGGAGACGGCAGAUGUGUGGUACAACCUGGGACACGUGGCUGUGGGGAUAGGAGACCUGAAUCUGGCUUACCAGUGUUUCAGGCUGACGUUGGUCAGCAAUAACAACCACGCGGAAGCUUACAACAACUUGGCUGUGCUGGAGAUGCGGAAAGGUCACGUUGAGCAGGCAAGAGCUUUGCUGCAGACUGCUUCAUCCUUGGCACCUCACAUGUAUGAGCCCCAUUUCAAUUUUGCAGUUCUCUCAGAGAAGGUUGGAGAUCUUCAGAGGAGUUACACAGCUGCUCAGAAGUCAGAAGAAGCAUUUCCAGGCCAUGUUGACACACAGCAGCUCCUCAAACAGUUAAAACAGCACUUUGCUACGCUCUAGUGAGCUUAUUUUUUAUUAUGCAAAAACAGCUGGAGCGAAUGUCCCAUACAUCUUCUGGAGAAUACCAGCUC